AUGGCGGCACUGAAAGUCCUAAUCUCUGGUGGGGGCAUUGCUGGUCCUGCUCUCGCUUUCUGGCUCUCGAGACUGGGUUACGACGUCACCAUCGUGGAACGCUUCUCCUGCCUGCGGGCCUCUGGACAACAGAUAGAUCUGCGGGGGCACGGGAUUCAGACUUUGAAGCGUAUGGGCCUAGAACAGGCUUACCGCUCCAAAGUAGUCAACGAGACAGGUCUGCAGUUUGUGGACAGCUCUGGAAGACAGAAGGCUUUCUUCCCAGCGAAUAAGACUGGCAAGGGGUUACAGAGCUUCACCACCAACUACGAGAUCAUGAGAGGAGACCUGUGCCGUCUUUUGUACGACGCUACGAAGGACCAUGUCAAGUACAUCUUUGGCACAAGUGUCGAGAGUUUUGAACAAGAUGACAAGUCUGUUGAGGUCCAAUUCACAGAUGGUUCAAAGGAUCGUUUUGAUCUUUUAGUCGGUGCUGAUGGCCUAGGAUCACGGACCCGGAGGAUGAUAUUACCGCCCGAUAGUCCGGAUCCUUUUUACUCUCUCCACAUGUAUAUGGCAUAUUUCACUAUACCUCAACAGGAGGGCGACGAGUACAUAGCCACAGGCUACCUUGCAACCAACAAGCGUCUUCUUUUUACUCGAAGACAUAGUCCCGACUCAAUCCAGGCAUAUAUGGGAUAUUCAGACGAUCUAGAUCAACUAAAAGAUGUCAUGAAGAGUGGUGUUGAGGAACAAAAGAAAAUCUGGGCUGAGCUUUUCCAGGAUGCAGGGUGGCAGGCGCAACGAUUCAUCAAGGCACUGCAAGACGACUCGCUAUCGAAUGACUUCUUCACUCAUGAAGUGGCACAGGUCAGAAUCGACAAUUGGUCUCGUGGCCGGGUUGUUCUUCUUGGGGACGCUGCCUAUUGCCCUUCCCCAGCAACUGGAAUGGGCACCUCAUUGUCACUUGUUGGUGCCUAUGUUCUGGCGGGUGAAAUCGCCAAACACUUGAACCGUUCUAAUGGAGUUGACGGCGACAAUACAGAUGGUGCUGGGGACCCUAUUCUUUCCGCAUUGGAAGCUUAUCAGAGACGACUCAAGCCCUUUGUUAGCCAAGUGCAAAAGCUGGCUUCAGGCUUCUGGGUUCCGUCAUCGCCUCGGGGCAUUGCUGUGUUCAACUUCCUUCUAGGUUUAGCUGCCAAGCUGCGCAUUGAUGUAUUGAGCAGAUGGGUCCUCCGUGAGGAUGUACGAGGAUGGGACUUACCGGAAUAUGCAGAGCUGGCACAGCUGGGCUUGUCGGAGUAA